AUGUUUAUAUAUAAAAUAUUGAUUUAUUUAUUAGUUUCAAAAUCAGAUGGAUGCAAAAUAUCUGGGAUUUUAUACACACGUAAAUCUUUUCCUGCAAAUAAUGUGAUUGUUUCAUUCAAAUAAAGUCAAACUAUUAGUAAUAAAUAAGGAGAAUUUGAAUUAGAAAUAGAAUCAAAUUAAGUACAAGGAGAGCUAAGUUUUAAUAUUGCAAAUUAAUUCACAAUGUAAAUGGAAAUAAACAGAUUAAAUUGCCCAAUCAAUUUGGGAAGAAUAUUAUUGGAUAAUAAAGAAAGUGUGUAAACAAGUAUUACAGGUUGUGUAAUAAAAAGGGAUAAUUUAUAAUCAGUUUCUGAUACAAUUGUAAGCAUUAUUUAUGAUUAACCUACUCUUUUGGAUAUAUAAGAAAUUAAAACAGGAAAGGAUGGUUGUUUUUUGGCUUAAAAUAAAUUAAUGAAAUUGUUGAUAUAUCAAGCAUCAAUAUCAAUCAAUUUGUAGGGUUACUUUGAAUAAUUAUUUGUUGUUUAACUAUUUGAUUAAUAUAUUGCAGACCUUGGAUAAAUUUACAUGAAUCCCAAUUAUUAUAUUGUUAAUUUGUAAGUUAAUAUCAACAGAAAUUGCCAAUAAAAUUAGACUAAGGUUUAGAAUUCAAUUGCAAUGUAAAUUUCAUUUUCAUGUGGUUGCGAAUACAAGGAUUAAUUUAUGACAUAAAAGGACAUCAAUUUUAUUUAAUUAGAUAAGGCUUUUAAAGAUGGAUUUGAGUACACAUGUGGUAUAAUGGUAAUGAAUCCAAAUUGUGGAAUAUUGUUUUCGGUUAUUAAAGUGAAAGAGAAGGCUAAUUUGACAACUGAUUUAAAUUUCAGUCCUCAAGAGAUAAAGCAGAAGGUAUUAUCAAGUACAAAAUUCACUGGUAGAGUUUUAGAAAUGCAAAGUUUAUCAUGUACAAAUCAAUAAUCAGAUUCAAUAGAGGGUGUAAAGAUAUUAUAUUAUAUCGAAUUCACAUCGAAAUAAUUAAUAAAUUCUACAUCGAGUGAUAAAGAAGGCUAUUUCAAUUUGUAUGCUGAGAAUCCAUUGAUUAAUGGGUAGUUUAAUGGAAUAUUUAUGUUUUAGAAGGAUGGGUAUUUGUCAAAUGAGGUAGACAUCACUUACAACACUAUGAAUAAAGAUUAAGAAUAUCCUAUAGGAACAAUACAAUUGAUAAAUAUGAGUGGAUUAAAGGAAUGUUGA